AUGAAUUUUGCUUAUACCCAGACGAUGAAAGCCAAGGAGGGCACAGUCAUCGCGUCGUUCUUCAACGCCAGAGGCGAUGUUUUGGAGCGGUCAACUACUGGGAUGUAUCGUUCUCUACUGUUUCAGCUUCUGAAUGCGGUACCAAGGCUCAUCGAGGUAUUCGACGUGCCCGAACACAAGGGUAAACUGGACGACCUGUACGAGACUAUUGUGAAUCAGAGCAGAAAUCCCGAGUGGGAACCUUUGACGAUCUUUGUUGAUGCUCUUGAUGAGUGCGACGUGGAUCAAGUGGAGGAGAUGGUGGAGUUCUUUGAGCAUUCCGGAAAGAGCGCUGUCUCGAGCGGAACACGACUCAAGAUAUGUUUUUCUAGUCGCCACUAUCCACAUAUCGACAUCCAGUACGGCCGAAAAUUGAGCCUGGAACUUGAAGAGGGACACGAAAAGGAUAUCGCCACUUACAUCCAAAGCAAGCUCAGAGUUGGGAAAAGCAAAGCUGCCGAGGAAAUCAAAACCAAGAUGCGGAACAAAGCAGGCGGCAUCUUCAUGUGGGUUGUUCUAGUUGCCGGUAUUCUCAACGCUGAAUAUAAAGGCGGCCGCAUUUUCGAUGUGAGGAAGCGGCUUGAUGCGAUACCAACAAAGUUGAGCGACCUCUUCAAGGAGAUCCUGUGGAGGGAUCAGAAAAACCUGCAAGAUUUGCAGCUCUGCAUUCAAUGGAUUCUUUUCGCGAAACGUCCUUUGAAGCUGGAAGAGUACUACUUCGCAGCCGUAUCUGGAUUGAGUCCGGAUGAGUUGUGUGAAUGGGAUCCGGAGGACAUCACCAGAGACGACAUGAGCAGAUUCGUCCUAAGUUCCUCGAAGGGACUUGCAGAAACAACCAAGUCGAAGAGACCGACAGUUCAGUUCAUCCACGAGUCGGUACGGGAGUUCUUCCUGAAAGAUGGUCUACGGGAGUUGUGGUCAGACCUCACAGCAGACUUUCAAAGUUUAAGCCAUCGCCAACUACAACAAUGUUGUCAUGCCUAUAUUAAGCUCGAUAUCUCUGGCUAUGUGCCCUUCGGAACGCCACUCCCAAAGGCAUCCUCUGAUACGGCAAAAGAUCUGCGAAGCUCAGUGUCAGACAAGUUUCCAUUCCUUGAAUACGCGACUCACCAUGUUCUCUAUCAUGCCGACGCUGCGAAUGCAUUUCCACAAGAAAGGUUCCUGAAAGAGUUUGACCUUGAAGCUUGGAUUCAUCUCGAUAACCUCUUCCAAAUAUAUGAUAUCCGUCGCCACACGCCAGCUGCAAGUCUUCUGUACAUUCUUUCGGAAAACAACCUGGCAAAACUCAUUCAGACAGCACUCAUUCUCGACCCAAGGAUUGAUAUUGAAGGGGAAAGGCAUCGAUAUCCUCUUUUUGCUGCCUUAGCUAAUGGCCAACGAGAUGCCGUCAAAGCACUGUUACAAAAGGAGGCAAGCUUUCCUCAAGAUGACGUUUCUGCACAGCUGGAAUACGGGAGGAAUUUUAAGUCUCAUAAAGGCCAGACGCCACUGUCAUGGGCUGCUGAGAAUGGACAUGAAUCCAUUGUUAAGCAAUUGCUCGCUACAGAUGGGGUUGACGUCAACGCGAGGGAUAGCACUGGCCAAACGCCACUGUCAUGGGCUGCUGAGAAUGGACACGAAUCCGCUGUUAAGCAAUUACUCGCUACAGAUGGGGUUGACGUCAACGCGAGGGAUAGCACUGGCCAAACGCCACUGUUAUGGGCUGCUGAGAAUGGACACGAAUCCAUUGUUAAGCAAUUACUCGCUACAGAUGGGGUUGACGUCAACGCGAAGGAUUACGGCGGCGGGACACCACAUACAACGGGCCGCUGA